AAGAAGCAGAUCGACCAGUUGCCGUCGCAGAUCGAUAAGGCCAAGAGCCACGCUUCGCGGAAGCUCGCUGAGUACCUCGACUCCAUUCAAGACACCGUCAUGGUGGCAAGCAAAACCCUUAACGAUGUGACGGGCUACUCGGGGAUUGCGGUAUUGAAGGAGUCGAUUGAGAAUUUGGAGGAGCUGUUAGCACGUGCACGCGGUCGAGUGAAGGCCUCCAAGGAGGCCUACGCGAUUGCUAUUAGUGAAAGGUCGGCCUCCCAGAAGGAGGUCAACGAAUUGUUGCAGAGAAAACACACCUGGACGUCUGCGGAUUUGAUGCGCUUCACAGAGUUGUUCCAGAACGACCACGUGAACGAAAAGACCGAGGGUGAACUUUCCAAAAAGCUCGAGAUGGCCGAGCAUGAGGCGGAGGAGAUCCAGCUGAACUUGACACAGGCGAUUUUAACCCGCUACCACGAGGAACAGAUCUGGUCCGAUAAGAUCAGAAGAACCUCCACGUGGGGGACGUUUGUCAUCAUGGGCAUUAACGUAUUCUUGUUUCUUGUAGUGCAGUUACUUUUGGAGCCGUGGAAACGCAAGCGGUUAGUGGGCUCAUUUGAGGAGAAGGUGAAGCAGGCGUUGGCUGAAGCGCAAUUGUCUGGGCUGGUCUCAGCCACUGAGCCGUUAGUAGAGACUUCCACCGCUAAAGAACAAUUAGAUCUGGCCGUUAAAACUUUGGGUUCUACCACUACCGAACCAUUGAAAGAGCUGGAUGCAGUUGAAAAUACUAUGGCUAUUCCAGUCACUUCUCUGGUCCUGUCUGCAUAUUACGUCUCGUUCAAGGUCAAGGAAUACACAUGGAAUGCGCUUAGGAACCUUCUUAUCUCCCACUACUAUGGUUUAAAGUCACCAGAGUCACAGUCGGUAGUGCUUGACAAAAUUGAGCUUGGUGUCAUCGGGGGUGCUGCGGUCGGACUUGGCUGCGUCUUGGGGAGCGUCCUCACAAAUUGGUUA